UCAAAAAUGAGUAAACAAAAAACAUGGUUUUCUAUUUUAUACUGUGCAACAUUACUAAAAUGUCAUUUUGUCUUGCAGGAAUUCAUAAGGGAUAGCCAUUUUGGAAAACAGCAAAGAAGCCAGAAUGGUGGCCAAAAUGAUGUGCCUUUCGAAUUACCAAAUACAAACGAUAAAGGUCCCGAAGAUGCCUCCAUUCAGGAGGCUCAUGUAAGUGGAGAUAUAGCGAUGUCAAUAGAUGAGUUGUUACUAAUCAACCCAGAAAGACAAACGUUUCCGAGAUUAAGGGGCAUUGUUGUCAGAGCGGUUCGAAAAGAAGGAAUUCAUAUGGGAAAGCCAUUUUGGAAAACAGCAAAGAAGCCAGAAUGGUGGCCAAAUGAUGUGCUUUCGCAUCACCGAAUACGAACGAUAAAGGGCACAUUAAAGUUACAACUAAUUGAAAUUGUGAACGCAUACCGCCUGCACAUGGGAAUAGAAGCAUACCGCCUGCACAUGGGAAUAGAAGAUCAAACAGCAGAAGACAUAAGAAAAGAAGAUAGUGAUUCAAACCAGCUGACGACGCAAACAAACAAAUGGACGACGCAAACAACCAACCAGACAACGCAAACCAGCCGACUUUAGACACAACCCCACCAAAUGAUGACGCAAACAAACCAGCUGACUACGCAACCCCACCAACCAAAUGGUGAUGCAAACAAACCAGCUGACGACGCAAACAAACGGACGACGCAAACCAGCCUACUGACGAUCAUUGCCAAAGGAAAAAUUAUUUUCUUUUUAAAAUUUUAGUUCGAUAUAUAUUCCAAUUUUAUUUUUCCAAUGGUGCUGUAAUACACAAGAAGAUGAUGACCAGCGAAAAGCUAAUCUGUACUCCUGUGGCCAAG